AACUCACACUCACUCACUCACUCACUCCCUCGUCUCCCUUCACUUGUUAAACCCGCCCACGCGCCACCACCCAUGGGCUGCACCGCCUCCAAGCUGCAAAACGAGGACACGGUGCGUCGCUGCAAGGACCGCCGCCGCCUCAUGAAGGAGGCCGUCUACGCGCGACACCACCUCGCCGCCGCCCACUCCGACUACUGCCGCUCCCUCCGCCUCACCGGCUCCGCCCUCUCCACGUUCGCCGCCGGCGAACCCCUCUCCAUCUCCGAGCACACGCCGGCCGUCUUCCUGAGCUCCCAGCAGCCCCAGGCCCCCUCCCCUCCACCCCCUCGGCCGCCCUCCCCUUCGCCUCCCCCUCAGCCGAAGCUCCUCCCGCGGCGGCGUAAAGCUCCGGCGCAGAAACUCCCCCACAUUCUCUCGGACUCAAGCCCCUCCUCCACCCCCCGAAGCCACGUGUCGAACUUGUUCCCCACCGCACACUCGACCUACUCCUCCACCCCUUCCCAAACCUCCUCCGUUUGGAAUUGGGAAAACUUUUACCCUCCUCCACCCCCUCCCGCUUCUGAUUACUUCCCCGAAGAAGAUAAAAUCUCUCUAUCACAAUCACACACACAAUCACAAUCACAAUCACAAUCACAAUCACACACGCAAACACAGACCCAAACGCAAACACAAACACCCUCUCAUUACUCUCACAACUCACAAAACACCAUUCCCCAACCGCACGACACCGACUCCGAGAGAUCUGAAUACGAUUACUUCCACGAGAAGCUUCAAUCGCAGAAGAACCACUCUCUCUCUCCCUCUCACUCUCACUCUCACUCUCACUCUCAUCAUCUUCAGGAGGAGUAUACCGAGACUGAGAGGGAGGAGGUUCAGUGUAGUGAGUGGGGGGAUCACUACAGCACCACCAGUUCCUCCGAUGAUGAUGAUGAUGAUGGGGUUGAGGAGGAUGUCGAGUCCAGGUCUGAAAUCGGGACACGGUCGAAUUUCGGCUCCUCUGUGCGGGCGGAGAGUGUUGCUGCGGGUGUUAAGGGUGGUGGAGGUGGCGGUGGCUUUGACGCGGCCUCGUCCGUGGCGGAGAUGAAGAUGGUGGUGAGGCAUAGGGACUUGAAAGAGAUCGUGGAGGCCAUUAAAGAGAAUUUCGACAACGCUGCUUCUGCUGGGGAUCAGGUUUCUGAGAUGCUCGAGAUCAGCAAGGCUCAGCUUGAUCGCAGCUUCAGACAAUUGAGGAAAACUGUGUAUCACUCGAGUAGCAUAUUGAGCAACUUGAGCUCGAGUUGGCCCUCGAACCCGCCGCUGGCGGUUAAGUACCGGCUUGACGCCGGUUCACUGGAAGAACCGGGCGGUCCGAAGAGUCUUUGCUCCACUUUGGAACGGCUUUUGGCUUGGGAGAAGAAACUCUACGAGGAGGUUAAGGCUAGAGAAGGUGUGAAGAUUGAACAUGAAAAGAAAUUGUCAGCCCUGCAGACUCAGGAAUACAAAGGAGAGGAUGAAGCUAAGAUAUUCAAAACCAAGACUUCCAUAAAUAGGCUGCAGUCGCUAAUAGUUGUUACAUCUCAGGCUGUGUCUACCACCUCAACUGCAAUUAUUGGCCUUAGGGACUCUGAUCUUGUCCCUCAGCUUGUUGAUCUUUGCCAUGGAUUCAUGUACAUGUGGAAAGCAAUGCACCAUUACCAUGAAAUUCAAAGCAACAUAGUGCAGCAAGUCCAGGGUCUGGUGAACAGAUCAUCCAGGGGAGACUCCACUUCUGAACUGCACAGGCAGGCAACUCGGGACCUUGAAUCGGCUGUGUCAGCUUGGCACUCCAGUUUCUGUCGCCUUAUAAAAUUUCAGCGCGACUUCAUCCUGUCCUUGCAUGGCUGGUUCAAGCUCAGCCUCCUUCCAGUCAACAAUGAUAACAUCAAUAACAACAGUAGGGAAACCUCUGAUACAUACCACUUUUUUGAUGAAUGGAAACUCGCACUUGACCGUGUCCCCGACACGGUUGCAUCUGAAGCCAUCAAGAGCUUCAUCAAUGUUGUCCAUGUGAUAUCCUCCAAGCAAGCUGAAGAGCUCAAGAUAAAGAAACGAACCGAAACAGCUUCCAAGGAACUUGAGAAGAAGGCUUCUUCUCUGAGAAACAUAGAGAGGAAAUUCUACAACUCAUAUUCUAUGGUAGGCAUUAGCCUCCCUGAUUCUGCACCUGACAAUGGACAAGGCUUGGAUGCACGUGACCCACUUUCCGAGAAAAAACUGGAGCUGGCAACCUGUCAAAGGCGCGUGGAAGAUGAAAUGCUGAGACAUUCAAAAGCUGUGGAAGUAACAAGAGCCAUGACUCUCAACAAUUUGCAAACAGGCUUGCCUGGAGUAUUUCAGGCAUUGACCAGUUUCUCUUCCUUGUUCACUGAGGCUCUUGAAUCAGUGUGUACUCGUUCAUAUGCCAUCAAGUAGGUAAGCUAAUUCAUUUCUUCUGCAUGGGAUCUAAGUUCUUCAUAAGGGCUGGGAAUUUUUGGCGGCAAGCUCUUAUUGCUCUCACUAUUUUGAGUUAUAUUUUGAAAUGUAAAUAUGAAGAAUUUUGGGGUUCCACCUAUUUUGAUGGAAAAGGGGAAUUUUCUUAUUGUACAGGGAAAUUUCUUGGUUUAUUGUAUCAGAGGAUUGCAAUUUUUACUAUAUCAAUAAAUUAUACGCAUUGUGCUUUCAUGUCCCAUCAUCAA